CAUAUGACCACUGGCGGACAUAAACAUUGUCGCUGUUGACAUGGUGUAGAGGAGCGUUAUCAUGACCCCUGCACUGCUGCUGCUGUUGCUGCCUCUGGCCUUCGCGACCGCCCGGGCGAAUGAUUUUAAAAUCCCGCCGCACGAGGAGGUGGCGCGGAUGGCGCGGUUUGUGGUGAACCGGUGCGACUGGGCUUCGAUGGCGACCAUCUCCACACACGAGCCGGUGAAGGGACAGCCGUUCUCAAACGCGUUCUCCAUCAGCGACGGAGCCCCCGGUAACGGCACAGGCACCCCCUACAUGUACCUGACACACAUGGAGAUCUCCGUGCAGGACCUGCAGGUGAAUCCUCAGGCCUCCAUGUCUGUGUCUUUAGCUCAAACCCCCUUCUGUAAGCACAAGGGUUAUGACCCACAGAGCCCCCUGUGUGCCCACAUCAUCCUCUCUGGCUCUGUGCAGGAGGUGAAUGGCACGGAAGCUGAAAUAGCAAAGUUGGCGCUGUUUAGCAGACAUCCUGAGAUGAUUGAUUGGCCAGUAGAUCACAACUGGUUCUUUGCUAAAAUGAACAUCACCCAGGUUUGGGUAUUGGACUACUUUGGUGGUGUGAAGAUGGUAUCUCCUGACGACUACUAUAAAGCCACCCCAUAUGCCCACUGAUGUGUUUUGCAGUAAAUGUGAUUAAGAAGACUCUAAGAGAUCAAGGGAAUUUUAUGAAAUGGCUGACCUUAAGGGCGCAAUAGGUCACAAGUGCAGUUGCUUCAUUUUGUGUUUGAUUCUGAAACUUUUCAUAUCAUCUUCAUGUAAUUUUCAAAUUAUAUUUUAAAAUCUGUGCUUUGUAUGUAAUGGAAAGCUAUAUUUUUAAAUAAUUCAGUCAUUACUUAAAAACAGGCCUUUGUUGUUUAGUUGUUUUAUCCUGACAUAGAUCAGUGUUCUUUAGGAUAAUAUGAUCCAGGAUCAGUUUUUGCACUUUGCACAUGGGAUUUUUCUUCUCUUCUUCUUCGUCUUCUUCUUCGUCUUCUUCUUCGUCUUCUUCUUCGUCUUCUUCUUCGUCUUCUUCUUCUUCUUCAUCUUCUUAGCUAGUCUAGUUCUUUUUCCUUUAGGCCUUAAUAUCUGGCAACCAAAGGAAAGAAAAUCUUUCAAGAAUGCUGUUUUUCUUACAGAUCUAUUUUUAUUAAAAACAAAAUGAAAGUGUUUGCCAAAGUCUGGGUCAAAGCAUGUGUGUUGAAAUAAAGUGUGUUUGAAAGAA